UGGACGCAUAGGGUGGACGUGAGUGACUCGGGAACGUUUCUCUUCACAUCGGUCUUUUAAAAAGACAGUUUUCAAGAAGCUUCGAUUUAAAAUGGCCGACAGAAAGGCUGUCAACCGCUACUACCCGCCAGACUUUGACCCCACCAAGCAUGGCUCCAUCAACAAAUACCGCAACUCCCAUCCUCUGCGGGAGCGGGCCAAGCGACUCGACGAAGGCAUCCUGGUCAUCCGCUUUGAGAUGCCCUACAACAUCUGGUGUGGGGGCUGCGGCAAGCACAUCGGCAUGGGUGUGCGCUAUAACGCCGAGAAGACCAAAGUGGGCAACUACUACACCACGCCCAUCUAUCGCUUCAGGAUGAAGUGUCACCUGUGCGACCACUACUUCGAGAUGGAGACCAACCCGAUGGAGUGCGACUACACCAUCGUGACGGGGGCCCACCGCAAGAACCAAAAGUGGGACAUGGCUGAGAAUGAGCAGGUCCUAACAGAAGAUCGGGCGACGGUUAAGAAGUUGGCAGCAGACCCUAUGUUCAAGCUGGAACACGGCGUGGAUGACACAAAGAAACUAAAAGCCGUGGCCCCAACACUCCAUGAGCUGCAGCAGACGCAGACGGGCUGGAAAGAUGACUUUGAUCUGAACAAAAUGCUCAGGAACAAAUUCAGGGAGGAGAAAGUUGAAUUAAAGACGGCCAUGGAAAAAGACAAAGCCCUUCUGACCAAAUCGUCCCUAGACAUUGCGCUAGUCCCUGAACAUGAAGAUGACAAGAAGCUGGCAUCGUUAAUGAAAUACAAGACUGUGGAAUCCUCCGACGAGAAGCAAAAGAAGAAAAGGCAGGAAAUAUCAAACAGGAGCAUCUUCUCUUCCAAAUCAUCAGAUGCGCAGUCUUCAUCUUCUUCAGCGUCCUCAACAUCAUCCACACCUCAAUCCCAGGAGUCCUCAAGGGAGCACACAAACUCGGGAGUCAAGAAACACCACAAUCUGAUCGAUAAGCUGAAAGCUGCCAAGAGAACGCGUGCCGGCUUCGAUGACUUUGGAUCCCGUUUGGAUAGGAAAACAGCUCGACAGGGCAAAGGCAUUGGGAUCGUCACAUCUAAGAAAGGGAAAGAUAGCGCACACGAUGGAGAGAGGUUGCCUGAAUGCCAGAAUGAAAAGAAUAGAUCGGAUCAAGAGACUAGGGUUUCACAAAAGGUUGGAGAUGGGUCCAGGCCAGAGUCAGAAGCAUUGAAAGGCACUGUAGUGACUGAUGAGGAUUUUCAGAAGGUAUCACUCGUGAAACAUGAUGGUGAACCAGCUUGUAGUUUAUCUGAGAACAUUCGCAGAUCGACAGAUGGAAAUGUGGAAAGAGCAGACAUUUACACUGAUGGGAAAUCUGUAACAAAAAGUCAGUCCAGAGAUACUCAUGACCACAGUAAGUUUUCACAAACUGCAAACACACAUCAGCAGCCAAAUAAUAGUGAGAAUGCUUGGUCAGAUAGAAAAAACUCAACAGGAAUUUCAGAAGAACACGUUGUACAAGCUGAAGACAGUUCAUCAAGAGAACCAAGAGUUAACAAAUAUAUUACUAAGUCACUCGUGUCCUGUGAUUAUAGCAGCAGUGAAAGUGAUGAAUAGAUGGAUUCUAUUAAAAAUAGCCAGAAACUUGUUCAUUCUCAUUGCGGCAGCCUUUGACGUUCUUCAGCAUUUGAAGUUCUUCAAC